AUGUCUGUGAUAAGCCCACAUGAUAUAGUACUGGAAAAGCAGUUUGACCCGCCUCCUACACCUCGACCAUUGCCAGAUCGUAAAUCAGCCGAGUAUUUCGUCAAGUUGUUCUUUCAGUACGUCAACUUCAGCGUGCCCAUGCUGCACGAGCCAACCCUGCGGGCAAAACUCGAUCGUCUCUACUCCAAGACAACGUUAGAGGACGAUGGCAUCAAUGUGGACCGAAAACUUGACAAGUUCUUCGUGAACAUGGUGCUUUCGGUAGGAUUAUUAGCUGUUCAUAAGCAGGACUCUCCCAGGAUUCCCAUCGCGCUGUGUGAGCAGUAUUGCCAGACCGCAUUGUUGGCCCUUGAAGCUGUUCCAUUUCCACGCACUGUCGAGGGCGUGCAAGCGCUUAUUUUGCUUGCUCAAUAUUCGUACUUACAUCCUGCUGAGUAUGGAGGGUGGAACACCAUCGGAAUGGCCCUGUAA